AGUGAUACGGAUGACACGUUGCACAGCUGAUUUUGUCUCAUUUCUACUUCCAGUCACCUCCAAUUUUGUCUAACAAGCCACCGAAGUCUACGGGAAAGAUGGAAGUGCAGCAAGCGAACCAUUGGCCGCUCUACAUCAAUGCUGCUAUGUCAGUAUGUGCCUUCAUCCUCACUGUACGUCUCAUCCCACGGUUCUAUGAUCUCUUCAUCGCCGCAGACAUGUACGGCAAGGAUAUGAGCAAGAAGGUGCCAAAAGGACAACAAGCAAAGAAAGUUCCAGAAGGCCUUGGCGUCAUCACUGGAGCUGUUUUUCUCAUUGUCAUGUUUCUCUUCAUUCCUGUUCCGUUUUGGAGGAUGUGGAAGGCGGAUACCAGAGAAGAUUUCCCUCAUGACAGGUUUGUUGAAUUCAUAGCAGCCUUGCUGUCCAUAUGCUGUAUGAUAUUCCUUGGAUUCGCAGACGAUGUCCUGGACCUCAGAUGGCGGCAUAAGCUCCAGCUGCCUACGAUGGCAACGCUACCCUUGCUAAUGGUCUAUGUCGUCAAUUAUGGCUCAACAACCAUCAUGGUCCCCAAACCACUGAAUGCUUACAUUGGAAAUGACCUCAACUUAGGAGUCUUGUACUACAUAUACAUGGGUAUGUUAGCCGUCUUCUGUACCAAUGCUAUUAACAUCUUGGCUGGAGUGAAUGGCAUAGAGUGUGGUCAGUCUGCUGUCAUCUGCAUUAGUGUUAUCAUCUUUAAUAUUGUCCAACUUUCAGGCAACUGGACAGAAGCACAUCAAUUCUCUUUGUAUUUCAUGAUGCCAUUUUGUGCUGUAUGCCUGGCUCUUCUUUAUCAUAAUUGGUAUCCAUCCAGAGCCUUCGUGGGAGACACCUUCUGCUAUUUUGCUGGAAUGACGUUUGCUGUGGUCGCCAUCUUGGGCCAUUUCAGUAAGACCAUGCUUCUUUUCUUCAUACCGCAAGUCAUCAACUUCAUCUUCUCAGUUCCUCAGCUCUUCCAUUUUGUGCCCUGCCCCCGGCAUAGACUACCAAAGUUUGAUCCACAGACAGAUACCCUAGGAAUGAGCUUUACAAGAUUUAAGAUGAAAAAUCUGGGUUUUAUUGGGAGGCUAGCAGUAAGAGUCUGUGGGCUUGUUGGGGUGAUACACAUCAAAGAAGGAGUGGGUGAAGAUAAAGAUGAGACGGAAUGCAGUAAUUUCACCAUUCUAAAUCUCAUCCUUAAAAUUAUGGGACCGAUGCAUGAAAGAACUUUGGUUCUUGUUAUGCUCUUCAUACAGGUACUUGGAUCAUGUGUAGCUUUCUUUGUGCGGUUCUACCUGGCCGGAUUCUUCUACGAUGUUAUAGAAUACUAGAUAAUUGAUAUUUCCAAAGAUUCUUUUGAAAAUUUAUAUAUAUUUGAUCAUAUUUCUGAAAUUAUAUUAUCACAAAAAGUGUUUUUGUGUGAAUCAUGUGCAUAACUGAAACAAAUAAUCUUUUAAAUUACAUAUGUGAUAUGUUUAAAUAUGUAAUAUCACAUAAGCCUAUCUAAAUCCAAGACUAAAUGAACUUUGUUACAACAUAACUAUGUAUUGUAUCUUUAUUUCUAAUUUGAUGAUUUGUGUAUGGUUGACACACCUCUUAAUGACCACCUUAUUUUCUAAGCAUGGUUUCUACGAAAAUAAUUAAUUCUCAGUUUAACCUAGUUUUUGUUUCGUUUGUGCAGAAACUUGAGCAGAUCAGAAUCCCAAGUUUAGAUUGAAGACUCAGACUCUAUGCGGGUAUAUAUCACCGACCAAUGAAUUCGUGAUUUAAAUAUGCUCAUUUGCACCCUUCUUUUAGGACUGGCCACCUACUAUUCUUGUCGCGGUGGCAAAAUAUUUUUACUCUUCCAAAUUAGUUCUAUGAUAUCACCAUGCUUAAUGAAAUGAUUGUCUCAUUAUUUCAACUGCGAACUUCGGCACAUGAUUCGACGAUUAAUGACAGAUAUUUGUUCUAAAGCAUUUAUGUUUUUGCAGUGGGUUGUGGGUCUGGUCAAUACAAUUUUGAUAAAUUCUACAAAAAUUUUACCUUUUUAUCCGUCUUUUUCCCCUCGUAAAAUCAAUUCUGUUAUUCCUUUGGACACUGCGUCUACUUUCCUGCUUGUAGUGUUUAUGCUAUGCAAUCAUCUUAAUGCAUGUAAGGUGGUCGGUAACAAAGAGGUGGUUGAUAUGUAGUGGACUAACUAUACAGGGAUUCUUGGAAAGACAAUUAUGUAAGUGCACACCCUGUAGUAAAUAAAGGAAGGUGAUUUGGGCAAUUCCUGACAGCUUUAUUUUUGAAUAACUAGAAUAAGAAAUGAUUUUGUGUUACAGAGAAAUCAUUUUUAAGCCCUGGGAUUCUUAGUUAAGAUAUUAGUCAGAACAUUUAUGACUUUAACAACUACAUGCAAUUUAUCUGCCUUUUUUGUAUAUAUUGUCCUUAAUUUUGCAUGCCAGAUUUUGCCAGAGAAGAAAAAUUAAUUAAUUCAUUUGUCCAAUGAAUAUUUGAAAUCACCAA